AGAAUCCCUUCUUCCCUGAAACCCUCAGCGUGCUGCAGGUCAGGCCUGUGACUGGCUGGCUGAAGCCCACCCAGGUGAGCGUCGUCCUCUUUAAAGCCACGACUGUCGAUGUCAAUCACAUCUACAAAAUUCCUCACACCGACACCUGGGCUCCACGGCCCAGCCCAACUGACCCAUAAAAUGGAACCAUCACAGCUGGUGAAGACAGCGUCAGCCCACGGAGAGGCCAACAGGGGGCAAGACUAGAGGGAGGAGAGGACUGAGGCUAAAUAGGAAGCCGACCUCACCUGCUGGAGGAAGCCCAGCCGAGAUGUUCUACAAAGAGCAGAGGCCUUCUCCGCUGAAGGGAGCUAGGCACUGGUUCCCAGGGCCACAGCGAUUCAGCGGGGAUUAUAGUCCAGGGUGUCGGAGGAGGGUGGGGGCAAGCCCCCCGCCCCCAUUGUGAGGUCCAGGUAGAAUGCUCAGCUCAGACUGACCCCAGUCCUGGCUGACCUCCAACCUUGUCCUUGUCCCCAGCCUCCCACUAGGAGUGUGCCUCUGGCUUAAACCUGGACUUCACCAUCCUCUUCUGUUGGAGAGCAGACGCCCGCAGAGCCCAUGGAGAUCCUGAAGACAGGGCCUCGCCUGACUCCCAAGGUCAGGCCCACAGAGUUGUCUGUGUAGGUAGCACUUAAAAAAUGAAGCGCAACCAGGACUCAGAGGUCUGACUUCUUGGAACCUACGAGGAGUGUGGUUGGGUUCGUGAAGGACCACCAUCAGGAAAAUCCAAGGAGCCAGGGAACGGAGGUGUGGGUGCAGAGAGGGCCCCGCGGGGCAUCUGGAAGAGGGGAGCUCGAGUUGCCAGAAAUGGAAACUCCAAGUUACAGGGAGCCAGAUGCCUGGACAAGGAAGCCCUGGGCUGGCAGUCAGAGACGGACUCUGAACACUGGGGUCAGGAGGAGGCAUGGUCCUGUGUCCAGGUGUCCAUAGAAUGUUCCCAGGUGAAGGCUGACAGUUAACACCUGGGUGUGCCCAAGAUCAGAAGGAAAGGCACCCUGGCCAGGAGGGAGGGUGAUGAGUUUCCAUUCAAUAGAAAUCCACUGGUUACCUACCUACACUGCACCAGGCCCUUUGCUGAAUUCUGGGGAGUCCCACAUCCCUGCCUUCAGCAUCCAGAGAGUAAAAACAGCCUUAAAGAGCUAACCAGACAGAGCCAGGCAAGCGUUCCGACACGGAACACACCUCGGAGGAAUCGCUGCCUGGAGGCCAGUGAUUAGCUUGCCAUGGGUGCGAGGAAGCUUCACAGAGGGGCCACCAUGAGAGUGAAGUUGUCUGGACAGCCUCUGACCUCACAAUACCCACUGGGCCAGCCUUGCAACUUGCAAACUCUGGCGCCCUCCUCCAGCCCGGGCAAGGCCCGGGGCCCUGGGCAGCCUCCAGGUGCAGUGCCCUCCGGUGGGCCGCGCCCUUCCCGCUGCCCUGGGGCAUGUCUCUACUCACCAAUUAUGAGGGGCUUCGGCAUCAGAUCGAGAGGCUAGUGCGGGAAAACGAGGAACUGAAGAAGCUGGUGCGGCUCAUUCGUGAGAAUCACGAGCUUAAGUCGGCCAUCAAGACGCAAGCAGGUGCCCUGGGCCGCAGCGGGUUAAGCAGUGGGCUUGGUGAGGCAUCAACUGGACCUUCUCAACGCCAGGGUGUCUUCCUGUCCCCGGCCCCAGCCGCAGCCAAUGAACCUGCCCUGGACGAAGCGGGGCUGGCGGGGCUGGCGCCCAUGGCCGACAUGCUAAACAGCCCGCAGCCCAGCCCCAUCAGCAUGCUGCUGUCCUCCCUAGGGCCCAUGUCGCAGAACAGCGCGCUCUACAGCCUCCUGGCCAACCCCAUGGCAACGUCCAUGCCGAGCGCCAUGGCCAGCUCUCUGGGCCUGCCCUCCACCGGCUCCCUGACUCCGCACGGCCACCUGAGCGGCUCCAUGAGGGCGUCCCCAGCGGCCACUCUGACCAGCAGCCUGGGCCUGCCUUCCACCGGCUCCCUGACGCCAAGCAGCCCCCUGGUGGGCCCCCUGUUCACCUCCACGACUGCCCCUCCAGGUGUUUCUCAGAACCUGGCCAACCCUGCGACCAAUGUGGAGGCCCCCCGGGUGCGGCUGGCAGAGUCCCCCCAAGGACCCGCUUCUGGACCCCACCCCUCAGCUGGCGCUGCGGGGCCUGCUGCCACCCGAAAAAUCCCCCUCUCCACCGAGCACCCCCUGCCGACCCAGGACCCCGAGCCCUUCAGCAUGACGUUCGUGGGUGGGCCCAUCCAGACCUCCACCCCUGUCGGCGCCGUGGGCACACCGGGCUCCGCGAACGCCUUCUCCUUCAGCACCUCAGAGGCCCAGACUCGGAAGCUGGCCCACCGCAAGACCAGCAAGUUCCCCGAGAGCCCUCGAGGUCGGUGCUGUCCCGGGGCUAACACCUGUCUGGGGGCUCCUGGCCGCCCUCGGAGACCCCCCCGGGCACCUGCCUGGGCUAUAGACCACGCCACUGCCCACCCCCUCCACCCCUUGCCGUCCCCAGAGCCCAAGCAGCUGGCCUUGGAGAGGUUGGUGGGGGAGAUCGCGUUCCAGCUGGACCGCAGGAUCCUGUCCAGCAUCUUCCCGGAGCGCGUGCGCCUCUACGGCUUCACCGUCUCCAACAUUCCCGAGAAGAUCAUCCAGGCCUCCCUGAACCCCAAUGACCACAAGCUGGAUGAGGAACUGUGCCAGACGCUCACCCAGCGCUAUGUGAGCAUCAUGAACCGGCUGCAGAGCCUGGGCUACAACGGGCGGGUGCACCCGGCGCUGACGGAGCAGCUGGUGAAUGCCUACGGCAUCCUGCGCGAGCGGCCCGAGCUGGCCGUGUCCGAGGGCGGCUCCUACACCGUGGACUUCCUGCAGCGCGUGCUGGUGGAGACGGUGCACCCCAGCAUGCUCACGGACGCGCUGCUGCUGCUCUCCUGCCUCAGCCAGCUGGCGCACGACGACGGCAAGCCCAUGUUCAUCUGGUGACGGCCGCCUGCCCCGCCAGCCCAGGCUCGCUGGGUCCAGCUCCCCCACGCGUAGACAUUAAAGAUUCCCACGGAUGCUGGCCGCGGGGCCUGCCCGCACUCCUGGCCGUGCUGCUUCCUUGGUGGUUCCCAGUCCCUGGUCAGUCCUGCCAGCCCUGGGGCAGCUGCCUGGCCAAGGGGGGGUUCAGAAGGCCCCAAGGCUCCCCUGUUCUGGCCGUGGGAGCAGCGAGAUCCCUGGGACUCGGCAGGAAGAGCAGGAAGCAGGAAGGAGGCGAGCUGGUAGGGAAGGGCUGUGGCAGUGCCUGCACCCCUGGCCACAACUGUGGGCUGAGGCCUGGGUGCAAUGCAGAAGGCAGACUGGACGCAAGAGGAGGACGUGGCUGUGGGAGUUCCUCCUUCUGGAUCAGGCAGGGAUGAAAUGGGGGGGGGGUCUGGACCCUCUCGAGGGCAGGGGGACAUGAGAGGGAGGGAAGGAACCAGGAGAAAGCCUCCCACGGCCCUGGGCAUGGGUGGCCCAGGGGGAUGGGAGCCCUCCCCAAGGCACCCGGGGCGCAGGAAGCAGAGGCAGCUCCACCGGGUGCCGAGACCAGCCCCCACCUGCUGCAGGGGCAGAGGCAGGACGGGAAGGCAGAACAGAGGAGGGGAGCUCGGCCCCAGGGGUGGCUCAGGGGUUGAGUGUCCACCUAUGAACCAGGAGGUCUGGU